AUGAUAGUGAAAAACCAAACUAUCAUAUCUCACUUCAUCCUCCGGGGUCUGCCCAUCCCCCCAGAGCACGAGCACCUGUUCUAUACCCUGUUCCUGGCCAUGUACCUCACCACCAUCCUGGGGAACCUCAUCAUCAUCAUCCUCAUUCUACUGGACUCCCAUCUCCACACACCCAUGUACUUCUUUCUCAGUAAUUUGUCUUUCUCUGACUUCUGCUUUGCCUCUGUCAUAAUGCCAAACUUGCUGCAGAACAUGCAGAGGCAAGUUCCAUCCAUCUCCUAUGUAGGUUGUCUGACACAAAUGUACUUUUUUAUUCUUUUUGCAAACAUGGAAAACUUCCUCCUUGUGGUCAUGGCCUAUGACCGCUAUGUGGCCAUCUGCUCCCCCCUUCAUUACAACAGCAUCAUGAGCUCCAGGCUCUGUGUGUGUAUGGUAGCACUGUCCUGGGUGAUUAACAUGCUGUAUUCCAUGUUACACACCCUACUCAUGGCUAGAUUGUCAUUCUGUCAGGACAACAUGAUCCAGCACUUUUUCUGUGAAACAUCUGCCCUACUCAAGUUGGCCUGCUCUGACAUUUUUAUUAAUGAACUAGUGAUAUUGGUCUUGGGAGGGCCCAUUGUUGUUAUCCCGUUCUUACUCAUUUUUGUAUCCUAUGUACAAAUUGUCUGUUCCAUCCUAAAGUUUUCAUCUGCUCGCAUUAUUCACAAGGUUUUCUCUACCUGUGGCUCCCACCUGUCUGUGGUCUCACUGUUUUAUGGAACAGUCAUUGGCGUCUACUUAUGUCCAUCAACUAAUAAGUCUACUGUGAAGGAGACUGUCAUGGCCAUGAUGUAUACAGUAGUGACACCCAUGAUGAACCCAUUCAUCUACAGCCUGAGGAACAGAGACAUGAAAGAGGCCCUAAUAAGAGUCCUCUGGAAGAAGAAAAUCUGCCUAUAA